AAAUCAUCGACGGCAAACUCUCUCGCUUAAAAUCUCCCGAUUAGAGAGAGAGAGAGGAAGAGAGCAGAGAACAUUCCCCACCAAAACGGUACGCUGUUCCGCCGGCGUAACGUAGAGGCCGUUAUUUGACGUCGUCGUCGCCCCUUUCAGCUCGUUGUCUGCUGAUUGCUGCCAUUUUCUCUCUCAUCUACAAAAGCCUAACAGCUCUAUAGAGAGAGAGAGAGACAGAGAUGAUUAGGGGUCGAAGCGGCAGCAGUGAUAGACGAAUCUCGGCGAAAUGGAUACUGUUGCUCUGCGUCUCAAGCUUCGGCCUUGGGUCGCUGUUUACAAAUAGAUUCUGGACAGCUUCUGAAUCUAGUGCACAAAUAAUUUCUAGGCGGCGACAAGACCAAGAGCUUAAGCUCAUCUCAGAGGAUUGCACAACCAAAAAGAAACAUGGUCAAGAGAAAGAUUCAAAUGUAAUGGAUGAGGUGACCAAGACUCAUGAAGCCAUACAGACUUUGGACAAGACGAUAUCUACACUUCAAAUGGAAAUUGCAGCUGCAAGAAGUUCUCAAGAGCUGACAGGCUUGGAUGGCUCCCCUCCGAUACCCGGAAAAGAUAGAAAGAAGGCUUUUGUUGUUAUUGGAAUAAAUACUGCAUUCAGUAGCAGGAAAAGACGAGACUCAGUUAGAGCGACCUGGAUGCCUCAAGGUGAGAAGCUCCAAAAACUAGAGGAGGAGAAGGGGAUUGUUAUCCGAUUCAUGAUUGGUCACAGUGCUACUUCGAACAGCAUUCUAGAUAGAGCAAUUGACGCGGAGGAAUCUCAGCACAAGGACUUCCUUAGGCUGGAACAUGUUGAAGGCUAUCAUGAACUAUCUGCCAAAACAAAGAUAUUCUUUUCUACCGCAGUUGCCAAGUGGGAUGCUGAAUUUUACGUCAAGGUGGAUGAUGAUGUUCAUGUAAAUUUAGGUAUGCUAGCUGCAACUCUUGCUCGUCACAGAUCAAAGCCCAGAGUCUAUAUUGGUUGUAUGAAAUCUGGUCCAGUUCUUUCUAACAAGAAUGUGAAGUACCAUGAACCUGAAUACUGGAAAUUUGGAGAAGAGGGAAACAAGUACUUCCGUCAUGCAACUGGACAGAUCUAUGCUCUAUCAAAAGAUCUGGCUACAUAUAUUUCAAUAAACCAGCCAAUAUUGCACAAGUAUGCUAAUGAAGAUGUAUCCCUUGGUGCUUGGUUUAUUGGACUUGAAGUGGAACAUAUCGAUGAGCGCAAUAUGUGUUGUGGAACUCCACCAGACUGCGAGUGGAAAGCUCAGGCAGGGAACGUGUGCAUAGCUUCGUUUGACUGGAGCUGCAGCGGAAUUUGCAAAUCGGUGGAGAGGAUGAAGGAUGUGCAUGAAAGAUGCGGCGAAGGAGAUGGAGCUUUGUGGAGCGAUCUCUUCCGAGACGAGGGAGAAAAAAAGAGAGAGUUUCUUACAGUGUAGUGUAUAUUCAAUUUAUUUAUGAUUUCAUCGUCUCUCAAAUUCUCAUUCUGGGAGCAGUCAUGAUCCAAUUGGAUCGCUGCGACAUAUCAUGACACAGAUGAGAUGAUGAGUGGGGAUAUUUAUUUACCGAGAGGGGGGAGAGUUUUAAUUCAUUGAUUUAGUGUUUUAAGCGUAGAUACUACUUUGUGAGGGCUCCCUUUUUUGGGAAAUCUGUACGGAGAUAAUUGCAGGUUAAAAUUUAAUAGAUUCAACCAUUCUUUGUGCAA